ACGAGUUAUAUGUGUUCAGUUGGUUUCUUCGAGUGUAGCAUGUCACACCUCUCUCAGUCUUAACGCUCAUUGAAUGCAUUAAACGAUAUCCAGUUGUUUAAGUGCACAGGCGAUCAAAAAUAGUCGUAAUUUUCAAGUGCGGGUGAUAACAUUCACAGUGCGUAUCGCACACAAUAGAAAUAACAACAACAACAACAAAAGAAUACCAACAAAAACCACUUCUAUUGAAAUCAGUAGUCCGCCAGAAAAAAGAGCAUCAAUUCAUUGAGCGAAAAUCGGUUUUGAGACUCAGUGUUUCGUUUACGAGCGUAAAUGUUUUUUUCUUCACUGAGUUCCAUUCGUUGCGUUAUCAUCAUCGAGUGUGUAUGUUAAAGAACAGCAAGUGUGAAAGCAAAAAAAAAAUACCAUCAUUUUAACAUUAAACGGACCAUAUAUAGUGCAAUAAAUCACUCGAAAACCAAUAACCAAGGAUAAUAAAAACAGAGUAAACAUUAUAAAUCACAAAUUACAGUAUCAAUCGCUCGCAGGAUUUACGAAAUAGAAGAAAAUUCUUAAGCAUAACAGAAGAAGAAAACAAACACACGGAAAAGCGAACAAGCAAGAAAAGAAAGUUUGAUGUGUAAAUUCAUAAAUAUUUUCUAUGCAUUCCGAAGGAUUGUAGAUUUUAAUAUCCGAUAAAUAUGUCGCAAAUAUUUCAAUAGAGAUUCUGAAUGCUGUGAUAAGAGAGAUACAGAAAAAAAGAGAAAAUAGUCGUUAUAGUCGUCGUCAUCAUCGUCAUCAUCACCAACAUCAUCAGCAGCUACCACUUCGUCGUCAUCGUUGACUGUGCAAACAAUGAACAACAUUUAAAAGUAUAAAAAGAAAUACUAGAGUGAAAAUUGUGUGUGUACGCGUUAUAAAACGAAAGUGUGAUUUUUCAUUCGUAACGAGGGUUUCAAUGUGCAUUGAAAUGUCAUUGAAAUGAAUAAAAAUCCAGCCAAUUGGUGAAAUACAAAACUCUGCAUCACUUUGUUAUCGAUCUCAUUGUGUGCACUGUGUAUGCAUGCGUAUGUGAAAAAAAAAUCAAGCGAAAUAGUUUUAACCCAAAUAAAAGUUCAAUGCGAAAAAUAGACAAUACACGACAAAAAUUCGAAUCGUUCGGUAUUCGGAAAACAAAUGCUUUUGCAUGAGAACGUUGCAAACAAUUAAAAUCUAUUAAAUCGAUAACAUCGGGUCGACAAUUCUCAUGUGUAUGCCAAGUAAACAGAACAUUUUGUAAACAGUAUUAUAUUGGCAGUUGAGAUUUGAAGCAAAAAAAAUAAAAAAAUAAAAAAUCGACUAAUAAAAGGCGUCAGAACCAAUCGGUCAAUAUUGGUUUUUGUGUGUCUGUUCGAGUGGGUACAAUAGCCGAACACAGGCUGCAUCAGGCCAAAGGAUUGAUUUGGUGUGAAUGAACAAAAGGAACAACGUCAUUUGCAGAAUUUCUAUCAAUGAUUUAUUAAAUAAUUGAGAUUGACGACGAUUCAACCAAAUCACAGACACCAAUAGAUAAUAAUUUGUUCAAUCAAUUCAAUAGAUAGAGAGAGAAAACUCUCAAUUAAAGCGGGGGCCAAUAAAAUAAUGUCGCCGAAGGUCGACACAUCAAAUCAUUUCGGAUUCCUUUAAUUACGGUUUCAUUUUAUCUACAUCUACAAUAUAUAUUGUUAACCCUGCGCAAUAUUGGCAAAUAUUAACACCGACAACAAUAGAUAUCGAAUCACACGCGCGUUUUUGGCCAUAAAAUUUAUCUGCGGUAUUAAUAUUUUUGAUAGAGAAAACGUUUUAACGUAAAUACCUAAUCGUAGAACAUUGUUGUUAUUGUCGUUGUCAUCAUCAGCAUCAUUGUCAAUGAUAGUAUGACAGCAUCUGCGAAUUACAUGACAAAAACAAUACGCAUCAAAUAAUACACGCAAGUCUAAAUUCGGAGAAAAAUAAAUACACGAAAUCUCAUGCAAAAUCAAAUAAAAGCCACGAGAUAGUUAGACAAAAAGUCACAUUUAUUUGCACAUCAACGACAACAAGCACAUACAAAUCCACCAAAUUGUCGUCGCUAUCAUUGUCGACGGAUUUUCGAAUCGAUGUAUAAAAUGUAUGAAACUUUACCUACCGCUUGCCAGUGCUGAAUACGCUACAUCCCAGUGUGAAUCGUUUUCGCUUAGGAGUUUGUGAUUAUUUUAUUUAUUCACUCUCUUUCACUAUUCUCAAUCACAACGCUCUCAAUCACAAAGGCCGCUGAGCACCCAGUGUUUUUCGCGUAUAUAUGUGUGGCUGUGUGGCAUAAAUGCGAACAUAAACAGAAAUUAAUUCAGUGUUUUAUGUGUUUUAGUAUAUUUUAUUUUGUUAGUUGGUUGCCGCUGCAACUUUUCUUUCGGGCCACAAACUUAAACUUAAUUGAAGAGAGUGUGAGAGUGAGAUGCGAAGCGAAUACUUUUUGAAACAGAGAAAUGUAACAUCGUGAAAAACCGAAAACAUUCAUUAGAUGUGUACAUGACGUUGAAUACCAAAUGAAUAUGCUUGUUACAUUAAAAGUUAAUACAUAGCAAGAAUAUACAUGAUCUACAACAAGCAACAACAAUUUAUCAUCGCAUAAUUAAUACCAUCGACAUAUAUAUACAUAUAAAUGAAGUAUUCAGUGCAUCGGCAAAUAUUAAACAUUAUAUAAUUUAAAGCGAUUUAUUUUUAAAAAAGAAAUCAAAUAAAAUACCAUACACAAGAGACUCAGAGAGACAGAGAAACAUAAAGAUAUAAAAAGGCAAGAACAACCAUUAGCAUCAUCAGCAGUAACAAACAUAACAAAAUUACGUGUGUGUAAAUCGAUACAUUUCUUGUCUCAAUCAUCUCAACACAAUCCAACCACUGAUAGUCUUAUUUAUUUAUUUAACUUAUUUAUUUAUUUGGUUAGCAAAUAUAGUUGGGUAUUUUUUGAAGUGUGCAUCGUCGAUGUUUUGAACAUUUUGUACAAAUGCAUUUGGAAAACACCGUGUUUUAUGUCAACACAUACGAUAAAUGAAAUUAGUGUGAUUGUUAUUUGGGGAGGGUUCAUUUCCGAAAUACACAUUUCGCUUGAGAAAUCGCAUUGAUAUAUAUAUCGUAUACAUAUGUACAAAGUUGCAAUACCAACAACAACAACAACAACAUCUGAGAAAAUACUGAAAAUUCAAUUUAUACGGAAUAAAAACGGAAAAUUGAGUUAAAUAAAAUGAACUAAAUGCACAACAACUUAUUCGAGUAUUGGGAACUGAAACUGAAACUGCAAACUGAAAGUUAAGCCAAAAGUGUACAAACUAAUAGAAUAACCAUCAAUUGAGUAUUAAGAGUGCAGUGUAGGGUGGAAGCAUCUCUCACCGUGAAGAGUGUUAAAUAAAUUAUCGGCUUCGAUACGCUUAUGGUAUAGUGUGCAAAGGCAAACAAGAGCAAAACCGAAGGGUUCGCACCAUUUUCUUAUUCCUCCGCAAUUUGUUCACGAUUGAUUCGGCCACAAUAUACCCGUAACAUAUUCAACUUGAAAACAUGUGGUCAAAUUUGUUAGCCAAUUUCAUGCCAAAAUCGGGAUAUCGUUUAGUUUUAGUUGUUGUUUAUUAUUUAGUGUUUACUUUAAGUGUGUGUUAUAGUGAAAAUGUUACAUCAAAUGCAGUUAUACCAAAUGUUUCAAAGUCGGUCAACACCAGUGCAAUCACAAUGCAAUGGCCAACAACAGCGGCCACUGCGGCAGCAGCAGCAGAAAAAGUAGAAACAACAACAACAACAACAAUCAAUGCUGAAUCCACAAGCGGGAUACCACCCGCAAAAAUUGAAUCGCCACUGUUAAAGAGAUUGACAACGAUAAGACCAAAUGUUGCGACAAACAGUGCAAGUAGCAGCAGUACAAAUGGGUAUCAUUCAAAGAACACAAGCACCACUUUGAAUGCAGAAAAAGAGAACAGUAGGAAUGUAAGACCAAAGCCAAAGCAGACUACGACGUUGCAACAGCAGAAGCAGCAGCAGCAACAACAACAACAGCAACAAUCGUCACAACAUAAAGUAUUAUCAUGGCCGUCAAAACCAGGCGGAACAUAUUUAAUCGAAGAUAAAUUGCAAAAAUUGGAUCCAGUUCCGUGCAACGACCAUAAGUUCCAAUGCGGCGACGGUUCCUGCAUACAUAUAUCCUUCGUUUGUGAUGGAGAGCCCGAUUGCCAAGAUCAAUCGGACGAAAAUCCUAAAGAGUGCCGUAUAAAAGAUAAGCCAUGUGAUGCUGAUAAAUUUAAAUGUAAAAAUGGUCGAUGUAUUCUCCGACGAUGGUUGUGCGAUCGAGAAAAUGAUUGCUCUGAUGGUUCGGACGAAGAUCCUGAAGUGUGCAAAAAACAUGUUUGCACGCCCGAAGAGUUUACAUGCAAAAGUUCUGACGGUGAAUGCAUUCCCAUGUCAUGGGUGUGCGAUGGAAAUCCAGACUGUUCCAACGGAUCCGACGAACAAACAUGCAAUCAAACUUGUCGUUCCGAUGAAUUUACUUGUGCAAACGGUCGAUGUGUUCAGUCGCGCUGGCGCUGCGAUGCAGACGAUGAUUGUGGAGAUGGAAGCGACGAAUUGAACUGUCCAAAGAAACGAUGCAAAGACGACGAUUUCAAAUGCGGCGAUGGAACUUGUAUUACACAGAAAUGGGUUUGUGAUAUGGACCCCGACUGCCCUGACUCUUCUGAUGAACGUAAUUGCACAUAUACGCAACACAUUUCAUUGUCAAUUUGCCCAGUAAACCAUUAUUUGUGCAACGAUAGAUUAACAUGUAUCGCAAGACAAUGGCUUUGCGAUGGGGGCAUUGACUGUCCGAAUGGGGACGACGAAAGUUUAGAGAAUUGCCAAAAUAAGACUUGCCGCGAUGACCAAUUCCAAUGCAAUGAUUUGACAUGCAUUCCCGGGCAUUUGAUGUGCUCAGGUUUGGCCGAAUGUCGUGAUGGCAGCGACGAAUUCAACUGCACCGCAGCGAUAAGAAAAUGCGACCGAGCAACCGAAUUUGAUUGUGGUGGUGGAAUGUGCAUACCAAAUGCCAAAGUUUGUGACCAAAAAGUUGACUGUCCAGGGGGCCAGGAUGAACCAAAAGACAAAUGUUCAGUGAAUGAAUGUAAAAUCAACAACGGAGGCUGUCAACACAAAUGUGUUGAUACACCAGUUGGAUUUUAUUGUGAAUGCCGAAAUGGCUAUGAGCUUCAAGAGAACACCACAUGCGUUGACAUUGAUGAAUGCAAAACUCCAGGAAUAUGCUCACAAUUUUGUACCAACGAAAUUGGUUCAUAUAAGUGCGAAUGUGGAAAAGGGUACAUGCGAGAUCCAAGACAUCACAAUAAAUGCAAAGCGACCGAAGGACAUGCAUCAUUGUUAUUUGCUCGUCGACAUGACAUACGAAAAAUCUCAUUGGAACACAAUGAAAUGACAUCGAUUGUGAACAAUACAAAAUCGGCCACGGCCCUAGAUUAUGUAUUCAGAACGGGCAUGGUAUUCUGGAGCGAUGUAUCUGAACAACGGAUUUAUAAAGCGCCAAUUGAUGAAGGCAACGAAAGAAUAGCGGUUGUUAAAGAUUCAAAAGUAACGGCUGAUGGUUUGGCCGUUGAUUGGAUUUAUAAUCAUAUUUAUUAUUCGGACACAAAGCGAUGUGCAAUCGAUGUUACAAAUUUCGAUGGUACAAUGACAAAAGAGCUAAUCAAAGAUGAUAUUGAAAUACCGCGAGCAUUAGCAUUGGAUCCAAUUCGUGGUUUAAUGUAUUGGACCGAUUGGGGGUCAAAUCCGCGCAUCGAACGUGCUGGCAUGGAUGGCACUCAACGACAAACUAUUAUCCAAAACAACAUCAAAUGGGCAAACGGGCUCACACUUGAUUUGGUAUUAAAUCGUAUUUAUUGGGUCGAUGCAAAAUUAAAUAUCAUUUCAUCGUGCAAUUAUGAUGGAUCCGAUCGACGUGUGAUUUUAUAUUCGUCGGAAUAUUUGCGGCAUCCGUUUUCAAUAACAACAUUUGAAGACUAUGUUUAUUGGACUGAUUGGGAUAAGGCAGCUGUUUUCAAAGCAAAUAAAUUCAAUGGUAGCGACAUUCAAGCAAUCACCGCUAUGCGAAUGCUUCAACAUCCAAUGACCAUCCAUGUAUAUCAUCCAUACCGACAACCAGACGGUAUUAAUCAUUGUUCUGCUGUUAAUGGCCAUUGUUCGCAUUUGUGCUUGCCAGCACCACAAAUACUGGCACGAAGUGCUAAAAUCUCAUGUGCUUGUCCAACUGGAUUGAAACUUCUCGACGAUUUACAAACAUGCAUCGAAGAUGGUGAGAAAACAUCCGAUGUUAAAGUAGGAAACAACCAAUCAAGUCCGGAGCCAUCAUUGCCAAAAUCAGCUGAAAAUGAUUCUGGCACAGUUGCUCUCGUUGCUAUUGCCAUUCUCACCGUGAUAUUAAUCAUUGCUAGUGUGCUUCUACUCUGGAUUUAUCGGUACUAUGUUCAACAUCGAACGCUGACGUCAAUGAAUUUCGAUAAUCCAGUUUAUCGGAAAACCACUGAAGAUCAAUUCAGUCUCGAGAAGAAUCUAUCGACACGAGUGUACGCAAGUUCACUAGACGAUGAGAUACAAGAGCCUCUGAACAAAGAGCCACUCAAUGACUUUUUGUAAAUGUGAACGGAUCAGGAAUUCGAAUAAAAAAAAACACA